AUCCUAGUGGACUUUUACGCGUAUUUGGAGACUGCAAAUUCACCAAAGGACCAUUUAUUUGGGAAGUUAUUUUUACUGUGCUUUGAGUAUGCAGGUGCUGUUUGCGUGCGUCUUGUUUUCGCUGUUGACGCAGUCCACGUGCGCAAUGGCCGAAGCUGAAGCGUGUCCAGACUCGUGCGAGUGCGAGCCCGGGAACAAAAUCUACUGCGUCGGGAUUGAUCUUAUUCCCAAGUUCCCAGCCAGUACGGAGUAUCUAUAUCUUUUGGAGACACAUAUUCCAUCAGUGCCAACAGAUGUCUUCUCACACAUGGUCAACAUUUCCUGGAUAUGUAUCUCCGUGGACACGUCGCUGGAGAGAUUGGAAAUGCACUCGUUUUCUGGGCUAAAGAAUAUCGCCCACAUAGAGCUGAGAAACUUAAAGAGUCUGACCUACAUCGACCCAGAAGCCUUCCACAAUCUGCCAAGCCUCAAAUACCUGGGGCUUUACAACACGGGUCUCAUGCUCUUCCCACAUCUGAACAACAUCAACUCAUUUGACCCAAACUUCAUUUUGGAGAUAGUGGAUCACCCGUACAUGACCGAGAUCCCAGCCAACGCAUUCCAUGGCAUCACGACUGAAUUGCUGACAGUGGCGUUGUUUGGAAAUGGCUUUAAAGAGAUUCAUCAUUAUGCCUUCAAUGGAACCAGGCUUGAACAAGUUGACCUUCACAGGAAUAAGUACCUGACUAGGAUUGAUGAAAAGGCGUUUGGAGGCACCAUCAGUGGCCCCAUGCUACUAGACGUGUCUGAAACAGCCAUCAGCUCUCUGCCCACUCUCGGGAUGGGCAGUCUGCGUGAGCUCAAGGCACGAGACGCCCGGGCCCUGAAGAAACUCCCCCCCAUUAAAACUUUUGUGAACCUGCGCAGCGCCAACCUGACCUACCCCAGCCACUGCUGCGGCUUCAAGAACAUCAAGAAGAAACUAGGCUAUCUGGAGUACUUUCUUUGCAACUUAACCGCUUUCAACGACCAGCACCACAAGCGCUCGGUGGGACCCUUACUCAUGCCCUCCCUCCAGGAUGACGUCAUGUCCGACCCCGUCCCAGACCAGGAGACCAACGAGGACUUCCUGAAGGAGCAGGGUUUCCACAGCAGCCUGCACUACCAUCUCUAUUUCGGGGGCCAGUCUGACGACGUCGUGGGAUUUGGAAAGAACUUUAAAAACCCCCAAGAGGACAAUACCCAGUACUUCGAUAGCCAGUAUAAUUACAUAGUGUGUGAUGAUCGGGCGGAGGUAGCGUGCUCGCCUGUCCCGGAUGAAUUUAACCCUUGCGAGGACAUCAUGAGGUUUACCUUCCUUCGAGUGACAGUGUGGUUUGUUAGCUUGCUAGCCGUUCUGGGCAAUGUCGUAGUUCUCAUUGUUUUGCUAACUAGCCACUACAAGCUAUCCGUCUCCCGCUUUCUAAUGUGCCAUUUAGCCUUCGCCGAUCUUUGCAUGGGAAUAUACCUACUUCUUAUUGCUUCUGUAGACCUCCACACAAGAAGCGAGUAUUUCAAUCACGCUAUAGACUGGCAGACAGGCCCCGGUUGCGGACUAGCUGGAUUUUUUACCGUUUUUGCUAGCGAGCUAUCGGUAUACACGCUGACAGUGAUCACGCUAGAACGGUGGUACGCCAUCACCUUUGCCAUGCGGUUGGAUAGAAAGCUACGGCUCUGUCAUGCUGCGGUUGUCAUGGUAGCCGGGUGGAUUUUUUGCUUUAUAUUAGCACUACUUCCGCUAGUUGGCGUUAGCAGCUAUCAAAUGGUUAGCAUAUGUCUUCCGAUGGAUACCAAAUCAACAGCAGCUCAAGUUUAUAUCCUUUUCGUGUUACUUCUCAACAUCGUAGCAUUUUUUGUAAUAUGUGCUUGCUACUUUAGAAUAUAUUGCGCAGUACACAACCCUCAUUAUCGUUCUGGGUCAAAAGAUACCAACAUUGCUAAGCGUAUGGCCGUGCUAAUAUUUACCGACUUUCUCUGCAUGGCGCCGAUUUCGUUUUACGCUAUAUCCGCAGCUAUGGACCGCCCCCUUAUCACAGUGUCCAAUUCUAAAAUCCUAUUGGUUCUGUUUUACCCGCUCAAUUCUUGCGCUAAUCCAUUCCUGUAUGCUAUUUUUACCAAAGCGUUCAGAGGAGACGUUUUCAUUCUCCUCAGUAAAGUGGGGUUAUGCCAGCAGAGGGCGCAGUUGUUCAGGGGGCAAACCGUUUCGUCGAAAGGGAGUAGCGGGACGUCGCAGAUUCGGAGGGGAAGGGACAAAAACGUGGAGGCGCAGAAGAGGUCCAUCUCGGAAAAUGCUCUGGACAAACUUCUCAGAAUACAGUAGCAGACCAGUCCUGAUGAAAGCCAAAGUCUAUUUAGUACGUGAGA